AUGUCGAUAGUUGGUGUGUUGUAUUCACGUGAAAAAUGAAUGGAACUUGUAAAAUUAAUAAAUUGCCUUGUAGCAGUAAUUGGGAAUCUUUAAGUGAGUACGAGCGAAAGCGCUAUUCAAAUGUAAUUAGAAACUGGGAAGUUCUAAAAUCUUUAGGGGUUGCUUCAAAACUUCCUAAAUUUCUGGAUCCCGAUGAAAAAGCUCCUUCAAAAGUAAAAAAAUUUCCAAGAAAUCAAAGUAUUCCUAAAGAUCAACAAAAUGUCAAAGACUUCGAGAAAACGAAUUUCAAGUUAUUUGCUGUGCCUGAAUCUCAAAAGAGAAAGGAAAAGAUUUGUCAAAAGAAAAUUAUAAAGAAACGUCGUAAAAAGUUAAGACAAGAUGAAAAUCUUGAAAUUCCAAGUCGAUAUCCUAAAAGGAAAAUCAAGCAAAAAUCAUAUAAAGAAGAAGAUGUCUCUAGCGAGGAUGAGUUCUUGUAUUGUGAUUUCUGCGACUGCGACUACAAAGGUGCUUGUCCGAAACAUGGCCCUAUGCUUUGGGUAUGUGAUCGAAGAGUUCCCAAAAAUUCAUCAGACCGAGCUGAGCUGACAAUACCAAGUUUUCUCUCAAUUGGAAUAUCGAGCAUUCCUAAAGCAGGACUCGGAAUAUGGACAGAAAUCCCAUUGCCUAUAGGAACAGUGUUUGGUCCUUACAAGGGAAAGAUUAUUAGAACAAGAAAAGAGGCUGAAAAAUCUGGCUAUGCUUGGAUGGUAUGGAAGGGAGGGAGAGUGGAUCAUUAUAUUGAAGGGUUCAAGAAGGAUAUUUCCAACUGGUUGAGAUUCGUGAAUUGUGCUGACAAGGAAGAGAGGCAAAAUUUAGUGGCAAUCCAGUACAAGAAACAAAUUUAUUACAAGACUUACAGAAAAGUGUUACCAUUUCAAGAGCUUCUAGUCUGGUAUGGGGGAAAAUAUGCCUCUGAUCUUGGAAUUAGCUUGAAAAGAGAUAUUGAAGCCAACCAAUUAAGUGGGGAAGGCGUGGCAUGCGAUGACUGUAGUUCAUUGUUCACUUCGGUGGAUGCCAUGGAGCGACACAGGAGGAAACAUCCCCAUCAGGGACACGAUCGAAGGCAUCGAUGUCCCCACUGCGUCUACUCCACCAAUAUACCAUGUAAUCUCCGACGUCACCUCGCUACACACACGGGUGAGAGAAGACACGGAUGUCCCCACUGCCACAAGACAUUCACUCAAGGAGGAGAUCUCAAGAGACACCUGAGGAUUCACAGUGGAGAGAGAUCCUUCUCUUGUGGAGUGUGUGGAAGAGACUUCACUCUAAAAGGACACUUGAAAAGACACGAGAGAAGUCACAGCGGCAUAAGACCUUACCGAUGUUCCACCUGCGGAAGAGAUUUCACCCGCUCUUCAACUCUUCAUGAACACAUAAGAAUCCACACACUGCAGAGACCCUACAAGUGCUCCGUCUGCCAAUACAGGGCCACCUCAUCUUCCACUCUUAAUAAGCACGUUAUUCAGAAACACACGAAACAGUUCCCCCAUAAGUGUGACCUGUGUGAAAGAGGUUUUCUUGUACCGAGUCAUCUUAAACGACACAAAGACCGCAUACAUCCUCAAUGCAAGUAAAUAAAUAAGGAACUGCACAUAGGGUCAAUUUACCGUCAUAAAGAAUGAGAGAUGAAAUUGAUCUCCACUUACAGUUUGAAUAAAAAUUUGUAUGAAGAAUGUAUAGUAGGGACAUUUACAAUAAACGCCUAUUUUUCUUCAUGUUUGAAUUAGAUUAAUGGCGAAAAAUAUGGGAGUCAGCUUAGGAAAAAGAGCAAUAAAAUUGGAGACGGGGAAUUUAUUUUCCUUUAUAUUGUUUAUUUCUCAUACAAAAAUAAAUGUUUGGUUUUUUUUCCUCACUCACUCUUAUUAUAAUUCUUAAUUUUAAUUUUGAAAUUGAUAUUGAUGUGCAGUCCCUAGCCAAAUUAUAAGACGCAUUAUAAGAUUCUAUGUAAAAUCUUAAUUAUUGGUGAUAAUUAAGCUCUUAAUAAGCACGUUAUUCAGAAACACACGAAACAGUUCCCCCAUAAGUGUCACCUCUGUGAAAGAGGUUUUGUUCAACAAAGUCGUCUUAAACAACACAAAGACCGCAUGCAUCCUCAAUACAAGUAAAUAAAUAAAGAACUGAACAUAAUGACAAUUAACCGUCAUAAAGAAUGAGAGAUAAAAUUGAUCUCCCCUUACAGUUUGAACAAAAAUUUGUAUCGAGAAUGUAUAGUAGGGACAUUAACAAUAAACGCCUAUUUUCUUUAUGUUUGAAAUACACUAAUGGAGAAAAUUAUGGAAGUCAGCUUAAAAAAAGAACAAUAAAUUUAGAGACCUGGAUAUUAUUUAUUUAUUAUAUUAUUUAUUUCUCAUGCAAAAAUCUACCCAAUGUUUGGAUUUUUUUCUCAUCCACUUUCGUUAUAAUUCUUGAUUUUAAUUUUUAAAUCGAUAUUGAUGUACAAUCCCUGGCCAAAUAAUUAGACCCAUUAUAAGAUUCUGUGCAAAAUCUUAAUUUUCAGGUCAUACUAUACAGCUUUAUUGUUUUUACGCAGCUGAAACCGAUUUGCACCUGUUGACUUUCAUGUAUCAAUUGGUUACCAUUGUAAUGCAAUACGCUAAAAAUAAACACAAAUAGGAAGAAUAUUAAAAAUCUGCCAUCCCAGCAAAUAAAAAAUCUAAUUCAAUAAGAAUACAAACCCAUUUCAUGUAUGUUUAAAUAUAAAAGUAUUGCAUAUAAAAACUCGUGCAAAACAUGUAAUUAUUAAAAAACAACAGUGCGUCU